AUGCAUGCAGGGUCGCUCCCGUCCCGGGAGGGGUUUCCGCACUCUUCGUUUUCGCUGCCGCCGAGCCCUGCAGCAGCAGCAGCAGCAGCGGUGCGCAGCAGCAGCAGCAGCAGCAGCAGCGGCGCGUGGGCGGCAGCAGCAGCAGCAGCUUCGGCGGCGCCGCGGUACCUGCGGACGCAGUUUUUUUUCGAGCCGCUGCUGCAGCAGCAGCAGCAGGAGCAGCAGCAGCUGCUGCUGCAGCAGGGAGUCCUCGGCUCCGACUCUGUUGCUGCUGCAGCAAGAGGCAGACACAGCGUUGUCUGCCGCCACUGGUGGAGAGGCGCAUGCAUGCGUGGGGCUGCAUGCGAUUUCCUCCACAGAGUCAUUUACCUCCGCAUGCCCAAGUGCAGGCUCGACGGCGCCUGCCUCGACGCAGCCAGGUGCUGCUGCUGCUGCUGCUGCUGCUGCGGUGCUGCUGCUGCUGCUGCGGUGCUGCUGCUGCUGCGGUGCUGCUGCUGCUGCUGCUGCGGUGCUGCUGCGGUGCUGCUGCGGCUGCUGCUGCUGUGCUGCUGCUGCUGCUGUGCUGCUGCUGCUGCUGCUGCGGUGCUGCUGCUGCUGCUGCUGCGGUGCUGCUGCUGCUGCUGCUGCGGUGCUGCUGCUGCUGCUGCGGUGCUGCUGCUGCUGCGGUGCUGCUGCUGCUGUGCUGCUGCUGUGCUGCUGCUGCUGCUGCUGCUGCUGCUGCUGCUAAGGCGUGUGUGCUUGAUGCGAGAAGCCUCCCUUGCUGCUGCUGCUGCUGCUGCUGCUGCUAUUAGGGGCUGCUGCGUGUACCGACACGAGCAGCAAAACGAGACGGUGGAGAGCCUGAUAGGGUCGGACGCGUGUCGGCUGCUGUGCAGCAGCGGGAGCAGCAACUACACGCAGCAGCAGCAGCAGCAGCAGCAGCAAGAGUGUCUCCACUACUUCUUCGGCUACUGCAAACAAGGGCCCCGCUGCAGAAAGAGACACACGCAGCUAAACAGAUCUUUGAUGCCUCCGGUGGCUCCCAACUGGUUUCUCGAGGCUGUUGUGGCCAACUUCAAGGUGCCAAGGGUUUAG